AUGGGAAACAGGCCACAUUUAGAAUUGACGUCAAGAGAAAGAGCCGGACAGGAGACCAGAAGUAUCGACAGCAGCUCCACUACCGGGUUUCGUCCCUUCACCAUGGACGAGCUGUCCCGUGAGACUGGUCCACCAUCUCGACGUGCAAAUCGGUGGAUGGUUCCCAAGCCAACCUGGUGUGUCUUCUGCAAGAACAACGGCGAGAGCGAAGCGGUCUACACCUCACACGUCCUCAAGAACAGCCUUGACAAGGUGGUCUGUCCUAGGAUACAGGCUUACAUCUGUCCACUGUGUGGAACCAGCGGAGAUGAAGCACAUACCAUCAAGUACUGUCCAACCAACCUGGGCAGCUUGCAGCCAGAUCCGUUCAUUAAGACCCAGUAAUCUCGGUAUGGUCAUCAG